CCCAUGCAAAUAAAACCAAAAUCACCAUAAUUGAAUUUGGAAAGUAAAGUUCAUUUGUCCCCUUAACAAAGCUUUUCUAGGAGGGAAAGAGAGAGAAGAGACCAAAAAGACAAAAGCCCCAUCUCAGAACAAAAAAAAAAUCUAAUCUUUCCAGUCUUUUUACACUAUCACAACCCCAUUUUUCAAAAAAUUCUCCUUUUUUAUUUUUUAUUUUUAUUCUACUUUGGUCUUCACUUCUUAUUAUUAUUAUCCCAUUAAUCUGAAUUUCCAAGUAGCAUAUAAAUUGACCAAGAAAAAGAUUCCAUAUCCUUUUCAAGUCUCUUUUACACUGUCAAUCACAACCCCAUUUUUCUUGAGAGUUUACACCUUUUUUCUUAUUCUGCCUUUAGGCCUUUGGUCUUCUGUUCAUUUUUGACAAUUGGUCCAUCAAUCUAAAGCACUUGACUCGAGUGUCUUUCGAAAACAGUAUCUCUGCUUCUAGAAUGAGACAAUAAUUAAGUUAUGUUUUACUUUUUUUUCGCGGACUUCACCUGUAAAAUUUCAAUGUUUAUGGUUGUUGUUAUAGUUGUAGUCCAUCAAUCUCAAUUUCCAAGAAACACACAAACUGACCCCAGGAAAAAAAAACCUUUAAACCCCUCUCAUAAAAGGUCUUUAUCUUUCAAGUUUUUAUCAAUUAGUCUUUCAAUCUGAAUUCUCAAAAAGAGACAAAUUUCCAAGAAAAUUUGCUACCCCAUAAAAUAAAAAUCUUAUCUUUUUGUGCUUUCAUCUUGGUUUUUAUCUCAAUUGUCAAUUGGUCCAUCAAUCUUGAAGUACCAAGAAGAACAACAAUGGAAACAAAAAAUUUGCACCUUUAUUUGCUCCUUGCUGACUCGAACCCACCAUCAUAGGGUAGAGGUAGAGGGUACUUUUCAUCCGAGCAACCCCAUCUCAUAAAAAUCUUGUCUUUUUAUGUUUGCAUCUUGGUUUUUAGCUCAAUUGUCAAAUGGUCCAUCAAUUUUGAAGUAACAAGAAGAACAUCAAUUUACCCAAAAAAAGUUGCACUUUUUUGUUCCCUUGGUGACUCUAGGGUACUUAUCAUCCGAGCAACCCGUAUCAUAAAAAUCUUAUUUUUUGUGUUUUCAUCUUGUUUUUUUUUAGUCCAAUUGUCAAUGAGUCCAUCAAUCUUGAAGCACCAAGAAGAACAGUAAUUUCCUCCAUUUGUGACUCGAAUCCACGACCAUAGAGUUGGAGGUGGAGGGUACUUACCAUCCGAGCAAAAAUACUGCGCUUUGUUUUGCUCCCUUGGUGACUCGAAUCCACGACACUAGUGUUGGAGGUGAAGGCUGCUUACUAUCCGAGCACCCCUCUUGUGUAACCAGGUGAUUGGAAAAUCCAAGACUUUGUUUAGGAAAUGAGGGAAGAAGAUUCCAAUUGGUUUGCUAAAUGGGAAGAAGAAUUACCAUCUCCAAAGGAACUGAUGCCUUUAUCCCAAACCUUAAUUACUCCUAGUUUAGCCAUAGCUUUUCAUAUUCAAAACCCCAAUACCCCAAAUCCCAGAAUGUCACCACUAGUUCAUACUCCUCCAUCAGCCGAGUUUGAGUCGAACUCGGCUGAGUUGGGUGGCAGGGCAGGUUCAUCAGGGGUUGGUGCUGAUGAACCUGCCCGAACCCCGAAAAGGGCUAGACUUGUGUGGACCCCACAGCUACACAAGAGGUUUGUGGAUGCAGUUGCACAAUUGGGGAUCAAGAAUGCUGUCCCAAAGACUAUAAUGCAGUUGAUGAGUGUAGAUGGCUUAACUCGCGAAAAUGUUGCUAGUCAUUUGCAAAAAUAUAGGCUUUAUUUGAAGCGUAUGCAGGGUUUUUCUAGUAGUAGUAUGUCCGGUGCAGGGGUGGAUCCCGCAACAGAUCAUCUGUUUGCGAGUUCACCCGUGCCUGCACAUUUUUUGCAUCCAGGGAGGGGAAAUUCUGAACAUUAUAUGCCAUUUGUGCCAGUGGCUGCAAUUGUUGGACAUGCUCCACAACUUCAGCAGCAGCAUAGGCAUUUGGGGUCAUCGCCAAACGGGCAAUUUGAGGUUCCAUUUUUGUCUCGCCAGUCGCAGCAGCAGCCGGUUCAGAGAAUGGGGACAUCUGUUCAUAGUAGUAGUCCAGUGUUGCCUUCUUAUGUAGAGGGGUUGGAAUCAGCUACAACUGCUAAUGGGAGAAAGGUUCUUACUUUGUUUCCAACUGGGGAUGAUUGAUAUUUAGAAGAGUUGAUUUCUCAGAUGGUCACUCGUAACAGUUAACUUAUCCUGUCAAUUUGGCUUGUGGAGUUGAUUUCUCAGAUGGUCACUCGUAACUGUUAACUUGUCUUGUCAAUUUGGCUUAUGGAGUUGAUUUCUCAGAUGGUCACUUGUAACAGUUAGCUUAUCCCGUCAAUUUGGCUUUUGGGGUUGAUUUCUCAGAUGGUCACUCGUAACAAUUAGCUUACCCCGUCAAUUUGGCUUAUGAGUAUUUCUAGAGACUGUUUUUGGAAUAAUACUUUAGUCUUUAAUUUCUAGAAACUUUUAUCUUGUAGAUGGCAUUUUCUGUUUUUAGUGACUCUCCAUAGAGUCAUUUCGGUUGGUACUUGUGUAAAACUGCGAAUACACUUUCAAGUCCAUUGCUGUUUUCAGUUCAA